AUGCAGCCAGCCGACAUGUCCAUGGUCUUGGCGGCCUUUGCUCGCAUGCGCUACCGCGAUCGGGACAUGAUGCUUCGCAUCGCCGAGUGCACUCCGGCGAUCUUGGGGCAGUUCGGUGCCAACGAAAUCACGCACUACUUGGCAGCCUUUGCCAGAUUGGAUGUGGAACAUCGGUUGGUCUUCAAUUUGAUGGCACGAGAGAUUGCCAGGAAACUCCAUGAUUUCAACGCGGCUCAGUUGGGAGAACUGGUCUACGCCUAUGCUCGGCUCAAGCUGCGUCACCAGCUGCUUCUGGAUGUGCUGAAGAAGAGGAUGAUCGAGGUCAUCCGUGCAAUGCGGCCUUGGCAUUUGGCACUCAUCGCCAAUGGCUUUGCUCGCCUCAACACGAGCGACGAGCGUUUUUUUGCCAUCUUGGCCUCGGAGAUCUGUCGAAAGAUUGGAGAAUUCGAGGGAAAGUCGUUGGCAUUAGUGGCCAAUGCCUAUGCCAGACUUGGUGUCCGCAAUCGCUUCUUGCUGGAACUCUUGGGAGAUGAGGCCUUCCGCCGACGUGGUGAGUUGGAGCCGCAGGCGAUCGCGCUGCUGCUGAAUGCACAUGCGAGGCUGCAGAUGUCCAAUCCCCUGCUCUUUGACUAUUUUGCACAAGACAUCCCGCGACGCAUCCGUGGGCAUAAUCUUCAUUCCUUGUGCUUGAUUUCCAGCGCGUUUGCCAAAGCACGGAAGAGCGAUGAGGCGCUUUUUGCCAAGAUUGGGGACUACGUUUGUAGCCACGCCUCGGAGUUGUAUCCACGGGCUUUGGCCUCGUUCCUUUUCUCCUUCUCGGAGGUGGACAUUCGGCAUGGCGUGCUUUUCUACAACGCCCCGGACCACGUGACAGAGAACAUCAAGGCCUACACCACAGAUGAGCUUUGCAUGGUCGGACGGGCCUAUGGGCAUUUCCAAAUGGUUCACACGCUGCUCUUCGACUCCAUCAGCACCGCUUUGCCAAGCCAUGUGCUGGCGGAGGUCGAAGAACGACAAGCGUUGCUGGCAGAUGCAGAGGAGGAGCUCGACGAUGAGGACACCACGCCAAGCUCGCCCCUCCCCAAGAUCUCCUCAUUGAUUGGACUCUUGGAGGCCUACGCACGGCUGUUGAUUUAUCACCCUGGCACACUGGAACUGCUUUGCGAUGCCAUCGCUGCCAGGGAACCAGAGCUGGUCCCUGCUUUGGUGGUGAAGGUUGCACGAGCUUGCGCGGCACUGUCCUUCGCACAUUCCGGAGUGCUCAGGCUGGCCACUCAGUGCAUGGCGGACCAAGGCCAACACUUGCUAGAAGAGGACUUUGACUUGUUGAGCGCCGCGCUGGAGGAUUUGGGCGUCCUCAGCCAGGACAGCCGCCUCAUGCUGGCAACCUGGCAAACGUGGGGAAAGCAAGACAAGGUGGAGUUGCGGGUCUUCGCGGGGACUUGGAACCUUGGGAAUGCUGCACCUCCCAAUGAUCUGCGAGACUGGCUGCCUGCUGGGUGUGACCUCUACUUGGUGGGCGUUGAGGAGUGUCACUACACCCCUCGACCCAGUCACAGCACAUGCCUGGAGGACUGGUGUGACUUGGUGCAGGCCUCAUUGCCAUCGCUGCUGACCAUUUGCCGCCAUGACAUGGGCCAUUGUCAGAUUCUGUUCUUAGCCACUGAGCUGGUGAGCAAAUCCAUUCACUCCGUGGUGGCCAGUCACGAAGAGACCGGCCUCGGCGGCUUUUAUUCCAACAAAGGAGGUUUAGCGCUCUCCUUUUGGAUCGGGGACCAGGCCUUGUGCUUCGUCUCCUCACACUUGGCCGCCCAUCAAGCCAACGUCGUUCAACGGAACUUGGACUCGGCGCACAUUAUCGAAGGGAUUUGUUUGACCACUGACUCGCAGAUGCCACUCACCAACCAGUUUCACCAUGUGAUCUGGGUGGGUGACCUGAACUAUCGCCUUGACUUGGGCCGAGAGGAAUGCCUGGAGAUGAUUUAUGACCAUUCCUGGGGGAAACUGCAGCAGCAUGAUCAGUUGCUAAAGGUGCAAGCGGAAGGGAAGGCCUUCUGCAACUUCCGCGAAGGCCCAUUGGACUUUGCACCCACCUAUCAGCACGUUCCAGGUGCGCCGCCGGAUCCCGCGACGCGCCUGCGGCCGUACGAUCCGCGGAAGGGCCGCGUGCCCAGUUGGACGGACCGAGUCCUGUGGCGCUCCUUCCCAGACGCCGAAUUGAUGUUGGAGGCGGGAAGCUAUCGCAGCUCCCCAACCCUUUGCACCUCCGACCACUCGCCGGUGGGCGCCAUUUUUCGGAUGCCCGUGAUGAGGCCCUACCACUUGGAUGACUCGGAGAGUCGGAUCUUAAUCCGUUUGAGCAAGUUGACGGCGACGGGGUUGGACGCCUGGCCGCAGUUGGAAGGCAGGGCCAACUUUCGGUCUGUGGUCAUGGCCACCAAGAAAGGCGUCUCGAAAGUCAAAUGGGUACAAUCACGGCACAUCCUCAUCGCCAUCUACAAAGUAGAUGAUGCACUGGAAAGUGCCCAUAUGAAAUCUCAUCCCAUCUCGACCGUCAUGGCUUUGGCGGGCUUGGCUGAUGAUUUUGAGGACGAGCCGGAUGGCUAUGGUGUGAUCAGCUUAUUGGGUGCAGACCAGAGACCUGGAUCAAGCUUAUUGAAGCCGAAGAAGUUUAUGGCCCCCUUGAGCAACGCGCUCGGUGUCACCGUGGGGAGCCUCCAUGGUGAAGUACAGGUCAGCAAGCCUCCCGAGGAGGACUUUGAUCGGAUCCUGAACUAUAAAUCCGAGCUCAGCAUUGUCACCAACUCCCAGGUCUCCAAGACCAACCUCCCCAGCGAUGAGCUGACCGAGCCGGAAGAUGAUGGCCCGGUGGAAGGCUUUGGCUGCUGCCUGAAGACUGGGUCCUCAAACGUCGCAUCCAUCGUGGAAGACCGCAGACCCCGUGGGUCGCCGGCGCACGGCGAUGCCGUGGAUCGCACGAAUCCGGUUUCGAGGAACAGGCACCGAGUGAAAAGCACGUUUCGAUUUGAACCGCUGCACGGUGAAGUUUGGCAGCACUUGGUGAGCCGUCUUCCAGCUUCCUCCACCACAGACUACCAGAGGCAACGGGAGUGCGCAGAGGAGUUGAUCGCAGCACACGUCGCUGGUAUUCCAUUGCCGGACUUGGCCAUGUGCAAGGCUGAUGGAAAAUGGACGCCAGAUGUUGUUGGUUCCAAGCCCUUCGAUGAGGCAGCCGUACAGCGGCUACGCUUCAUCCUGCUGGCCGCCGUGACGGCGGCGGCCAUGAAUGUCUCCCGCGCAGGCUGUGACCCCCCGCGAGCGGAGAAUCUACGCAAGGUCAUGAUGAAGUAA